CUACACACGGCCUACGUCAAUAGUAAAAGAUUGCGAGAUGAUAAUUUACCUCCUCUCGAUUAUGAACCCUCUCACAAUGACUCCAUAUCUUUGAUAAAGAUAUGUGGUCGUGGAGGGGUUGAAUCAUACCUUGGAAGGUUCAACAAAAGUCAGGAUCUAAAGCUUCGUCUCAUCUCCUACCUCAAUGUAACAGCAUUGACAAUGGCUUCCAAGUAUCAUUUCAACAGGGAAACCACUAAUUUUGCUCGACUUAGUCGAGUUAUAAUUGAUGUCUAUCGGGAUCUUUUAAUAUCAGUGCUGAAAGUUAAACUCUCACCCCAAGGACUUACCGCUAUUCUACAAAAUCAAGGAGAUCACCUUUACAAAAUUUUUGAACAACGUCAGCGACAGAUUCUUUAUCCUUCAGGUGGAGUGUUCUCAUGUACCCUGGAAGACUUGGACUUUACAAUUCUAUAUAAACUACUUAGAAACCUCAGGGGUAUCAAUAUUCCACCACCCAAGUGUGGUUGGGGGAGGACACCAGACCCAGCAGACAGGUCAGUUUCAGCUAAUAUUGAGCGAUUGAGAGCCCAUCGAUAUGCAACUAUCGGACACCAGCCAACUGCAUCAAUGUCCGAUCCAGAAUUCAAUAAUAGGUGGAGUCUCAUCCGUCAGAGCGUGUUGGAAAUAGAAAAAGCCGUUUUGUUUGGCGACACAUACGUAACAGCUAUGGAUGCUCUACUGACAAUGGACAUAGACCCUGAUGCAGUGAAGCGUUAUAUACAAGUACAAGAACUACCUAUGAAAACACAAAAGGCGGAAUCGGAGGUCAAUGCAAGGAAGAAAAACAACUAUAAGGAGAGUAUGAAGGAGGAAGCGGAAACACAAAAUAUCAAUUUGACUUUAAUUGACCACGCUCGAGCCGGGAAAACAUGCUUGAUGAGACAGUUGUUAAGAAAACCUAUAAAAAUUGGUGGAACAGAUCGUACUAAUUUGGCAGAACUACUGACCAAACGACUAAGAUACAAACUUGGAACGAGUGCAAAGGAAAGAGAAAGGCUAGAGAAGGGAAAGGAAGCAGAAUUGUGUCGACUGCGUUUAAGGAGACUCCGAAAGAGACGAGAAGAUACAAAGAUGACCUUGAUAUACCAGAGAAACGAUCCAUUGGGGACAGGUUCUAGUGAUAUGGGACCCACAGAAAAUGAAACAGACACUUCUGACUCUUCAGAAGAGUUGGAAGAGGAGUCGCCCCCUUUUAUGGGUGAAAUAAACGCGUCACAAAUGGCAGACGACCAAAUAAAAGCAAUAGAAGACAUUCAUAAGGAAGAAAAAAGCAUAGAUGACUCAUCCGUGGCUUAUGUCACGUUGUUUGAUUUCGGAGGGGACAAUGUGUUUCGUAACUGCCAACACUGCAUCAUGUCGGCAAACAGUAUCUACCUAUUGGUUUUUGAUGUUUCUUUGUUUGACAACGAAAGUGAAAGUGAGCAAGAUUACGUCAUUGACGAAAUAGAUUUCUGGAUGAAUUUGGUUGCAACUUACGCUAAGGAUGAAUCUACCAAAGGUAAACCACCAAUUAUCUUGAUUGGCUCUCAUAUGGACGAAGUUGAAAAGAAUGAAGAUGACUUGUCUAAGACAAUAUGGGACAAACUGGGGGAGAAACCUGGCAUGAAAGCUCUUCUUAAACAUCACAUGACUGAGAUCUGCUUUUUUGCGGAUAUGAAUGUGAGUUACCUGAACGAAGAGAAGUACCUUGAUUUAUGGUGUGAAAUAGAAAAGUGUGUCCAUCUACAGUCUUGUUGGCACGACAUCAUCACUGGCUGUUGGCUGGCACUAGAAGAAAAACUUAUGUUGGAAAAAGAAAAAGGAAUUAAGUUCCUGAACAUCAAACAGAUACUGGAUAUCAACAAACAGCUUUUGGUACCUCUUGAAGAGGAUGAGUUAGUUCCUUUUCUUCGAUAUUUGCAUAACACUGGAAGUAUGUUCUGUUUUGGCAUUGUCGGAAAGAAGGAUUCCCAAUCCCUAACUGAGCAAGAAAAGGAGCAAAUGAACGUCAUAUUAGAUAUCAACUGGAUAGUCCAAGCAUUCGGAGCCAUCAUCACAGAUGACGAUUUUGUGAAAACAACAGGCCAAAAACAACGUCUUAUGUGGAACGAGUAUAAAAGAACAGCAAAUCUUACAGACAUGGUCCUUGACAUUCAAUGGAACAAUGUAUCAAAUGAAUAUCGCCAGGUAUUAUUAUCAGAAAUGAAAAACCUGGGAUUGAUAACAGAGCCAGGGAAUGUUUCAGAUAGUCCAAACCUGGGAAAAGAAAAUCAAAGCUAUAUUGUUCCCUGUCUACUGGGCGAAGCCAAACCAGACCGCAUACAAGAACUAUUAAACAAUAGCAGUGUCCUUUGUACAAAAACAUUGUGUCUGGUAUUUGAACAUCAGUUUGUUCCGCAAGCUGUUUGGGACAAAACUGUUGCAUUUUGCAUACACGCAUUUGGUGAAUGUACUAACCUAAACACGGGUAUCACGAGAGCGAAAGCCGAUUACCUUUGCCCCAAAAGAGGUUUCAUCUGCGGAAGGUUUGAUCCCGUUUGGAACUUCGUCCUGCACUGUAAAGGGACAAUGCUUAAACUGACAAUGUUUACUCAUCACGAGACAUCUUUGACUCACGGAGUUGGACAAAACCUGCGGCUUAAAAUCGAAGACAUUCUAAAAACCACUAUUUCAAAGGCAAAUCAGGGACAUCGAAUAUUCAGCUACUACAUUCAUUGUGACUUUUUUUAUUUCCGAUGGAGAGUUGCAUUGUGGAAAGCCAAAUGAGGAGACAUGGAAGAGUUGCAAUAAAUACAGAGUUGAAGAUGCUAGGGGAAACAAGUGUAUCCUGACGCGAGAUGACUGGCAAACAUGGUUUGGAGUUGUCGAUAAGGUGUCUCCCGUAGAGAAAUUCACUGACAUGAUAAAAGUGAAAGAAAUCCAUGCUGAUAUGGUGACAGGCCUACACUGUUGGAUCUAUCCAACAUCGACAAACAGAUGGGAAACAUUCCAAACGCAAUUAGAACCGUUUUUGGCAGAUGCCGAAUUGUACGAUGUUCCUGACAACAGUAUGGCGAAAAUCUGUAAAACGCUGAUGAGCAAGGAAGUCAUUGAUUAUGGAGAGUAUAGCACUCUUCGAGAGAUUGUUAACCGUAUCCAUGUUAAGGCAGCUGGCGUUAUUGAUAAAGCUAUGGUGGACCUGUUGAACUAUUGGCCCUAACCUCAGAUACAAUGACACAACAUGAAGUGAGGGAUCUCUAAGGGGCUAGCUAUCACACCUUGAUGCGACACAGUGUUAUAAUAGGCCUUGCUUUAAAAUUGGCCAAUGAAGCCAACCUAUACUCUUGUAUGACAUUAGUCAUACAAACCCUGGUAUGACGUGAAUCAGUGGAUCUAUCACCCACUCUGUCGCAAUAUAUGACGUAAUGUAUAGACAGUAUCCUGACAGUACCAGUGUACUACUAGUGAACUAACCAUCAGCCAUUGACGUUGUAAUAACAAGUUUCACAGUUGGGCGAAAACUUAACAAGGUGUCCAAGUUCACGGGAGAUAGAAAAGUUAACUCCAGUGCACAAACAUGUGAAUUAUACUUCACAGGCUUGUGUACUAAAUAAUUCAGGAGCUUGUGCACUGGGAUUCACAACCAUGUCCACUAUAGUUGACAACAUAAUUACAUGUCUGAUGUUCAUCGCUUAUUACAUAUUGUGAAAUUCUUCCCCUCCCCUCUACUAAAAUAAAUAUAAAAAAAAUCUUCAUAGUAAAGAUUCGUUUACUUCCAAAGAUUUUAAAAGUAUCCUUAAAUAAAAGUAAAGAAAUUUCAAGCAUGCGUAAAUAUAAAAUGAAUUAAUCUCAAUAGCCUUUGAAAUUAUUGGUACAUGUAUAUACAGGUAUUGGUGGUUCAAAGUUAAUAAAAGUGUUUAAUAGACAUAUACUUUAAAUUUCAUUUAUGGUUUUAACAGUAUUUAGUUCUAUUUCAAAAAACAAAUUUUAUGAAAAUAUAAUUGUGGUUGAUACAAGCUUAUUUAGAUAGAAAUAUUUCAAAAGAAAAUUGUUAUAACAAAUAGAUCAUAAUAGGGAAUCAUAACUUUUUUCUGUAUACUCUCUUUGAAACGUUGGAAUGUUGGAAUCCCGUGAACGAUCACACAGACGUACACAAGUUCAUGUUGCAGCGUUUUCACACAAGGUAUAAGGCCAUUUUAUUAUAAAUUUACAAAUCUUCGAAUAAUGACAUCUACUUUUUAACACCUGUAGAUCUAGGUGUAAUUUCCAUGAGAGAUCUUCGACAUAAAAUGCUAAGGUAGCUUGAACGAGUUCGUGUUUAAGCAAUUUUAAUUCAGAACUAGGAACAAUAUCAAAUCUUGCAAAUGCUCUACCGCCACCAUAAAUUGUUAACUUUCUAUAAAAUUGUAUGUAGAAAUUCGGUACCAGAAUAACCAAAAUGAACUCCAAUGCUUGUGAACUAUAUUUCAUAAAGGUGUGAACUCGGUCAGCUACAGCUAAAAUGAAAGUAAUAUUUUUAAAGUAAAAAAUGCAUUAAUACUUGGAACACUCUUAUAUCAAACAAUAUUUUAUGUACUACUUUCUAUUAUGUACUUGUAAUAGUGUUAUAGUUGUUUUAUGUUUGAUAGAGUUCAAUGAUAAUGAUAUUAGAGGUUGGAGCACUCUUGUUUUAGGGAAAUUAUCUUAUGUUCUACCUUACAUGGUUUAACUGUUAAUUCCAUUUUUGACUCCCCAAUAUUAGAGCAUGGAAUACUCUUGUAUAAGAAAAAAACAUUUUAUGUCAUACUUUCUGUUGUGUUGUAGUUAAAUAUAGUUUACACAGUGUAAGAGCUAGAAGCACUCUUGUAUUAGCGAAAUAUCCCAUAUACUACAUUUUAUGAUUUUACUGUUCUUACCAUUCUUUACAAAUAAUAAUAAAUUCCCCAAUAUAAGAGCAUGGAGUACUCAUGUAUUAAGGAAAGUAUUGUAUGUACUUUUUUCUAUGCCUCGAGGCUCGUGACAUAUCAAAUUAUUUAACCCGGUUCAAUGAAUCAAUAUGACAUGGACACUCAUAUAAGGUCCUCUAUUGUUGUACAUUUUUCUAUUGUUUCUCUACUACACUUGUUCAUUUGUUUGAUUUUUUAAAAAAAAUCCCUAAUAUUAGAGCUUGGAGCUCUCUAGUAUUUUAAAUUUUUUCACAUGUACAACUUUUUUUUAAUAAUUACUGAAUAUAAAAAAGUUCUCUUACAUUAUUGCUUAGAAAACUUUUGUAUACGACAAAAUAUUUUAUGUACUAUCUUCUAUUGUGUAAUAGUAAGAUAGUUGUAUUAUAUUUGAUAGACUUCACUUAUAUUAGAGCUUGGAGUUGUAUUACGCAAUUAAUCUGUAUUUAACCUUUUAUGAUUCUACUGUUAAUCCCAUGAUUGACGUUAAAAUAAAUUCCCCAAUAUUAGAGCAUGGAGCACUCUUGUGUUAGAGAAAUUAUUGCAUGUACUAUUUUCUGUUGUGUAAUAGUAAGAUAGUUGUUUGAUGUAAGAUAUAGUUGACCUUUUUAAGAGAAUGGAACACUCUUGUAUUCGAGAAAUCAUUUCAUGUACUGUUUUUCUGUUGUGUAAUAGUAAGAUAGUUGUUUUAAUGUUAGAUAGAGAUUACCUAUUUUAGAGCUUAGAGCACUCUUGUAUUAAAGAAUUUGUUUCGUGUACUUUUUUCUGUUAUGUUAUAUUUAGAUAUUUGUCUUAUGUUAGAUAGAGUUCAGUAAUAUUAGAGCUUGGAGCACUCUUGUAUCAGGUAAAUUAUGUUAUAUAAUAGUACUACCUUUAAUGAUUUUACCGUUUAUCUUAUUUUUGACAAAAUAAUUUAUUCUCCAAUAUUAGAGCGUGGAGCACUCUUGUAUUAGAAAAAAUAGUUUAUGUCAUACUUUCUGUGGUGUUAUAGUUAAAUAGAGUUUACUGAUACACAAUGUAAGAGCUUGGAGCACUCUUGUAUUAGGGAAAUUAUCCUACAUAUUACAUUUUAUGAUUUUACUGUUUUUUCCCAUUCUUGACAAAUAAUAAUAGAUUCCCCAAUAUAAGAGCAUGGAGCACUCAUGUGUUAAGGAAAUUAUUGUAUGUACUUCUUUCUAUGCCUCGAGGCUCGUGACAUAUCAAAUUAUUUAACCCGGUUCAAUGAAUCAAUAUGACAUGGACAUUCACGUAAGGUUCUUUAUUG